AAGAGUGUCGUGAUGAAACAUAGACGAGAAACACAUGGGACAGUUUUUAAUUAAGCUGAUCAUGGAUUCACAAAGCAUCUAUACGCUCUUAACAUAUUGUGAUAUUGUUCGCUUUGAACAAAUUUGAUUUUCUCAAAAAGACCUCACACUAUUAAGAGAUUCCAUAGGCUUCCAAUCUUCUCAUCUAUCAAUGUGGGACUUUAUUCAGCUACUCAUUUUUAUAAUAAUUAGUAUUUUCUAUAGUCCAUACUAAGAACAUGGAUCCACCUCAUUUCCAAUGGGAUUCUUGAACUUCCAACUAAUAAAGUCAUGUAACUUAUCAGUAUUUUCAAUUUUGAGAAGAACCUCGUAUUUCUCUGCGUCUUCACGACUAAUGAACUGACCUUUCCUAGUAUAUUAACAAUGAAAUAGACAUAUCACUGUAUUCAUCAUCCAUUUCCUAGUGGGGAAAGAGUAAAUUUUUAGUGGUCCAAUUUUUUGUGGCUUCAUUUUUUCAAGAUUUCGGCUUAAAUCCUGUAAAUAGUCUGAUUGAAUGUUGAUGUCUUUGGUUUCUUCGGAAGUCUUUUUUGGUAUAAAUUAGUAACUGCUUUAUGGAUGGUUUGAUAUAGCGUUGUUGUCAAGUAAUUUCAAGAUUCUAAAAUGGGUGAACUCUCAGGGCAAGUACCUCUUCUUUUGAAAAAAGAAGAUGAAUUUGAUCAUAUCAAGAAGAUACCUGUUUUGGUAUCAUCAACAAUCAAAGUAAUAAUGUGGGUGAUCUUCAUUGCAUGGGCAACUUUUAUUUCCAUAUUGCCUAUAAAAUUCGUCAACGAACAGCAAUUUAGAUUUAUUCAAGCCACCCAGGGAACUAUUUUUGGCUCCACAGGCAGCGUAUUCUUGAUGUUCAGUUUACCAAUUUUCAUGAUUGCAUUUCUUGCGAUUGUUCGUCUCAUUCUCAAUGGUGAAGAUGAACGUCAAGUUUGCAGGAAGAAGAAUGCAAAAGGUCCAAAUUUUAGCUUAUGGACAUUCCCAGUUUUGGUGGAUGGACCAUUUGGUGUGGUUACAGCUGCAGAAAUGAUUGGAAUUAUGCUCUUCGCAGGGUACAUCGUCUGGGCUGUAAUUAUGUACACUAUACAGAAUGUGGACCUCUUAUCGUCGUUUCAUAUGCAAGACAUGAAAGAAAAAAGUGCUCUGUUGCUGGAGCUAACAGGCUUUCGUUUUGGAUUCAUUGGAUUAGUCUGCUUAGCAUUUUUGUUUCUGCCUGUUGCACGGGGUUCAGUUCUUCUUCGAGCUAUAGAUAUCCCUUUUGAACAUGCCACUAGAUAUCACGUUUGGCUGGGACAUCUUACUAUGGCUCUCUUUACCCUUCAUGGUCUCUUCUAUGUGAUUUGCUGGGCAAUGCGGGGGCGACUUCUGGAAGAACUAGUCGACUGGAAAAACGAAGGAGUAGCCAAUCUUCCAGGAGUUAUCAGCCUUACAGCUGGUUUACUGAUGUGGGUGACUUCACUUCCUGGAGUAAGGAGAAAAAAUUUCGAAUUGUUCUUCUAUACGCACCAAUUGUAUGUGGUGUUCGUGGUGUUCCUAGCCUUGCAUGUCGGUGAUUUCAUCUUCAUGAUAGCUGGUGCUGGGAUCUUCCUCUUUAUGCUUGAUCGCUUCCUUAGAUUCUUCCAGUCACGAAAAACUGUUGACAUACUUUCAACCACAUGCUUUCCUUGUGGAACCGUUGAACUCGUUAUUUCAAAACCUGCAAAUUUAAAUUACAACGCCCUUGGCUGGAUAUUCUUACAAAUACGCGAGUUGUCCUGGCUGCAGUGGCACCCUUUCAGUGUCUCCUCUAGUCCCCUUGAUGGCAAACAUCAUCUUGCAAUUCUCAUAAAGGGUCUUGGAGAUUGGACCAAAAAACUGAAGGGGAACAUCUUGAACCUUUCUGUAGAACAAUCCGAGAAGGCGCCCCUUUUGCAGCAUAACAAGAAAAUAAUAGCUUCUGUUGAAGGUCCUUAUGGCCAUGAAUCACCAUACCACUUAACGUAUGAAAAUCUCAUUUUGGUAGCAGGUGGAAUUGGAAUUUCCCCCUUCCUAGCUAUCUUGAGUGAUAUCCUCCACCGUAUCAAUGAUAGCAAACCUUGCCUGCCAAGAAAUAUACUAAUAGUAUGGGCGAUUAAAAAUUCGGAUGAGCUUCCACUUCUGGAUACAGUUGACAUGGAGGCAAUCUGUCCACUUUUCUCUGAAAAACUGAAUCUCGAGAUUCAAACAUUUGUGACUCGAGAAUCACAACCUACAUUGGAGGAGGGUAGGGUACCCAAAGCAAUGCACCCCUCAAUCUCCCCUGGCUUCAAGGGAUGUAGAAUGUCUAGUUUGGUUGGUACUGGAAAUGUUGUAUGGUCAGGAUUAUAUGUCAUAGUAUCCACAAUAGGGUUGGUGAUCACUGUAGCAUUAGUGGACAUUUUCUACAUAAAUGCAUUCAAUGUAUAUUAUUGGUGGUACAAGGGGCUUUUGUUGAUUGGAUCCAUGGUUGCGAGUGUUCUUAUAUUUGGGGGUCUCGUUAUCGCUUUAUGGCAUCUUUGGGACAGGAAAACCUCAUCGAAGGAAGAAUCAGACGACGCCACAAAGAAAGUUGACGUCCUGCAGCAGAAGAAUGAGAUCUCUUUACAUAAGAGUUUUGGAGAGGGUCGAUUUGUUAAUAAUAUUCGAUAUGGUCAAAGACCGGAUUUACAAGAGAUGUUUGCAUCACAUGCAAAGAUUUGGGGAAAUGUAGAUAUUGGUGUGCUAGUGUGUGGUCCUCCUACUCUCCAGUCCAGUGUUGCUAAAGAGUGCAGAAGGCAAAACUUGCAGAGAAGUGGCCAUCAGGCUAUUUUCCAUUUCAACAGCCACAGUUUUGACCUCUAGGUCACCCCAGUAAGCAUGGGCGAAGCUAGGGUACCAGAAAUAGAAAAAUUACACCUUAUAAAGAAGGUUAAAAUUAUUUUUAUAUAUAUAAUAUAUAGUAGAUGUUGGAGUGCCUUGGCUUCGUGUGAUUAUUUCUUUAUAUUUUGAAUCAUUUUAGUGGAAAUUUUGGCACCGCCAAUGUUCGUAAGCAUUUGAUAGCUCG